AAUUCUUGUCCUCACGAAAGGCAACGAUUUUCACACGGCAGAAAGAAACAGAGCAGAAACAAAACAAACCUUCUCUCAAAAAAUUUUCAUACUUUGAAGUCAGUUUCAACUUCCAACUUUACAAUCAAACCUUCCAUUAACGAACCCUUAACUGUACCAGAUUGUGUGCUUUGUUGGCCCCAAUUUCUUUUUGGGACUCCAACAACCAUAACAAAACACACGCGCACAAAAGGAUCCAAAUUUCAUAGCGAGUGCUGUGAGUUGUCACCGCAUCUUCCAUUUCUCUCCUCUCUGAACCAUGGGCUGUGGCUCCUCCACUCUAGGUAGGGAUUCGAGGCCGCUUGGUCGAGACAAUUCUGAGAAUGGUGGAGGGCAGGACGCCAAGAACCUUCGUGUUAAGCUUGUUCUCUUAGGUGAUUCUGGCGUCGGUAAAAGCUGUAUUGUUCUAAGGUUUGUCCGUGGUCAAUUCGAUCCAACAUCCAAGGUAACUGUUGGAGCAUCUUUUUUGUCGCAAACGAUAGCACUGCAAGACUCUACAACAGUUAAGUUUGAAAUAUGGGAUACUGCUGGUCAAGAGAGGUAUGCUGCAUUGGCACCCCUAUAUUAUCGUGGUGCAGCGGUUGCAGUUAUUGUCUAUGAUAUUACAAGCCCGGAAUCUUUCAGCAAAGCACAAUACUGGGUUAAGGAGCUACAAAAGCACGGAAGCCCUGAAAUAGUUCUGGCAUUGGUUGGUAAUAAAGCUGAUCUUCAUGAGAAGCGAGAGGUAGCUGUUCAGGAUGGCAUUGACUAUGCAGAGAAGAAUGGAAUGUUCUUUAUAGAGACAUCUGCAAAGACAGCGGACAACAUAAAUGAACUCUUUGAGGAAAUUGCAAAAAGACUGCCUCGCCCUUCAGCUUCUUGAUGUAAGCUAUGACCAGGACUCUUAUUCACAGAAAAAUGUGCAUUUUUCUUUGGAUCCUUCAAAAUUAUAAUGAAUGAGGAAGGAAUUUGAUGUAUAUUGUGAUCCCAUAUGCCUCUGGUUUUAUUGAUAUGUAGUGUCAUAUAAUAUAACAUCAUGCCAUAAAAUCAAAAUGAUACAUUAGGUGGUUGUAGAACGAGUCAAAUGAAUACUAUGAUGAUUUACACAAGUCCUUGGUCUUUUUUUUUUUUUUGGAUUGAUAUACCUUGUUUCUAAUUCAGUUAAAGGAUUUAGUCACAAGGUGCAUUAGGUUGUUGCUGUUGUAGCAGACAUGCUUUGUGAGAUCAACAAAAUCAUGGUUAAAUUGAACUUA